CACACUUUCUCUAUGAGUCUAUCUCUCCAGCACACACACACACACCCAUGCCCGCGCGCGCACGCUCCGCAUACGUCUCCACUUUGCCUUAGUAAAUUACGGCAUUGAUCUCAAAGACGAGCCAGGAUCUGUGUCUUGUGUUCACCCUUUCUUCGACGGACGGACUUGGAGAAACGCUCGAGAGAGAAGAACCUCUUCUCAUCCUGCGUGUCUGCGAGGACCCUUGGCCAUGUCCGCUUAGCUGCCCUGCGUGAUGCCUGAUCAUGACAGCAACACCCUUCUAACCAGACAGACAAAGCGCCGACGUGUCGACAUUGGGGUGAAAAGGACUGUGGCUAGUGCAUUAUUCAGCCGCGCCAGGGAGACCCUGCUCGAAAGCAUGAACCAAUCACACGGCCACGAUCAGGACGGAGACUGCUCUCUAGUCAGUCACGGACAUGGCGGCUCCAACAGUGACGGAGAGAAGUCCAAUGUUUUGAGGAAGUUGCUUAAAAGGGCCAACUCGUACGAAGACGCCAUAAUGCCUUUCCCUGGUGCCACCAUCAUCUCUCAGCUACUGAAGAGUAACAUGGGCAAGAAUGGAGGGAGUGACUCAGGCUUCCAGGGGAGUGGAGCUCUGUCCAGUGGAGGCUCAGAGAUCCAUGCCGAGGACGCCUGCAGCAGCUCCUCCCGCGACCGGGACAGCCCGUCUGACUGCCUCUCUCCUGGGCCUCCUCUCCCCCCCCCUUCCUCCUCCUCCUUUGGGCGACCACUGCCUUCUUCAAGCCUCAACUCCCACGCUCCUUCUCAGCCCCUCUCCCUCUCCACUUUUGAUUUGGACAGGCUGUCGGACGAGCAUCUUCGCGCAAAGCGUGCCCGCGUGGAAAACAUCAUCCGUAGUAUGAGUCACUCGCCAUUGGUCCGGUCCAACGGCGACCACAACCAAGAUAUCAGCCGCGAAAAUGAGAAUUGCAGCAUCAACAGUAACAGCAGUAAUGGCCACAGAAGAGAAGGUAACUGCCGCAACACCAGCAGCCACAACCACAGCCGGAGCGACGGGCCUUCCUCCCUCCUGAGCUCUCCAGGUUCCCGGGGGGGUGUGGUCAGCGUUGGUGAAGUUUAUCGGGAGAAUAAGAGAAAGCAGCGCCUGCCCCAGCAACAACAAUGCUUCACCCAACUAGUGUGCUCCAGGCAGGAGCAGAGGCAGGAGGAGAGACGGCAACUCAAACUGCAGCUGGAGGACAUGCAGAAACAGCUGCGUCAGCUCCAGGAGAAGUUCUACCAGAUCUACGACUCAGAGACAGAGGAAGAUGAAGAGAACGGCGAGAGCAGAGAUGCUGACCGAGGCGGAGAAAGAGAUGAAGACGGCAACCUAUCAGAGGACAGUAUCCGCUCUGACGGCUUGGAGGAGAGGCACAGAGCCAGAGGGCGCCAUAGCAACCAGGAGCUGUCUGAGCUGGACCCAGGCCUGUUCCUGGAUCGGGCCAGAGCCCUCCUCAGAGAACAGGCCCUGAUAGAUGGAGAGAUGGAGGAGGAUGUGGACAGCAGGGAGGAGGUGGAGAGGAAUUUAGUAAGUGCGAUGAAGAGGAGAGGAGGAGGAAGGCAGUUAGCGGAGACGCUGAAGCAGGAACUGAACUGUGCCGUGUCGCAGGUUGUUGACACCGUCGUCAAAGGCUUCUCCUCGCCCAAGCAGGUUGUCAGUCACCACGGCUGCCACAGCAGCACACCAGCUGCACCCUCCUCUUCCUCCACCUCGUCCUCUUCCUGUCCCCCACCUUUCUGCCCCCUUCCCUCCCUCACCCCAGACUCACGCUUUGGCGCUGGCGCCCUGGCCCUCAGUUUGAACGGGGACGGGAGUCCAACAUCUAACUACCACUCCUCCAACCAGAGGCUGCACUGCUUCGGAGACGUUAUCAUCCCCAGCCCGCUGGACCCCUUCGGGGGUCUGAGUGGCAGACUGAGUGGGGUGCCCAUGCCCAGCGACCAGACAGAGGCUCUGCCCCUGGUGGUGCGCAAGAGCGGCGGGGGAGGUGGAGGCGACAACACUCACCCCUCUCUUCCUCCUCCUUCUCACCAUCUUUCCCACCAUCCCUCCCUUCACCCCUCUCCCCUCACCGCCUCGCUCGGCUUUAGCCCUCCAUCCUUUCGCCACCCAUUCCCUAUUCCCCUUAUGGGGUAUCCCUUUCAGAGCCCUCUUUCACACGGGGGUGGAGCCGGCUACCCUCAAGGGCCCAAGGACCAUCAUCGCUCCUCCCCCGAUUCUAUGGACAUGACCAGGGAAACUCUCAGCCUCAGAACCAAAAUGGCAUCCCUCGGAGGGGGCCAUCUCAGUCAUCACCACCACCACCACCACCACCACCGGCAGAGCUCACCGGAGGCUCUGUCCCUGUCCCUCAUCAAGUCUGAGUGUGGGGACCUUCAAGACAUGUCUGACAUAUCGCCCUACUCUGGCAGCACCAUUCAGGAGGGCUUGUCUCCCAACCACCUGAAGAAGGCCAAGCUGAUGUUCUUCUUCAACCGCUACCCCUCCUCCAACAUGCUCAAAAUCUUCUUCUCAGAUGUCAAGUUCAAUCGAUGCAUCACCUCCCAGCUGAUCAAGUGGUUCAGCAACUUCAGGGAGUUCUACUACAUUCAGAUGGAGAAGUUCGCCCGGCAGUCUAUCAACGAGGGGGUGACCUCUACAGACGAGCUGGCGGUGGGGCGUGACUCCGAGCUCUUCAGGGCGCUCAACAUGCACUACAACAAGGCCAACGACUUUGAGGUUCCCGAGCGAUUCCUGGAGGUCCAGGUGACUCUUCGUGAGUUCUUUAAUGCCAGUGCUGGGAAGGAUGCAGACCCGUCCUGGAAGAAGGCCAUCUAUAAGGUGAUCUGCAAACUGGACCACGAGGUUCCCGAUGUCUUCAAAUCCCCAAACUGUCUACAAGAGCUCCUCCAUGACUGACUUGAGGCAAAGAAGGAAAGGCGACCCGGAAGGAAGACC